AUGCACUCCAAGACUUUCGCUGCUGCCGCCGUGGCCCUGGCCGCUUCCACUCUGGUCUCUGCCCAGACCUCAACCGACUGCAACCCUCUCCAGAAGACCUGCCCCAACGACCCUGCUUUCGGCAAGAACUCUGGCGACUGCGACUUCACCAAGGGAGCAUGCGGUAACUUCGAUUCUCUUCCCGGCACCACCCUCAAGUACAACGGCAACGGCGCUGUUUUCUCCAUCAGCACCGAGGCUGAGGCUCCCACUAUCCGCACUGGCAAGUACAUCUUCUUCGGCCGCAUCGAUGUCGAGGUCCAGGCCGCCGCCGGUGUCGGUAUCGUCACCUCUGCCGUUCUCCAGUCCGAUGAUCUUGACGAGAUCGAUUGGGAGUGGGUUGGAGGCGACAACGCCCAGGCUCAGACCAACUACUUCAGCAAGGGUAACACCGCUACCUUCGACCGUGGUGCUUUCCACCCGGUCUCCAACCCUCUCAGCUCGUUCCACACCUACUCUGUUGAGUGGACUUCUGCCGGUGUCACCUGGUUGAUCGAUAACAACGUCGUCCGUACCCUGACCGCUGCCAACGCCGAGGGUGGCGCUGCCGGCCUUCCCCAGACCCCUAUGCAGGUCAAGCUCGGAACCUGGGUUGCUGGCCGCAAGGAUGCUCCUCAGGGCACCGUCGAGUGGGCUGGUGGCUACACCGAUUUCUCCAAGGCUCCCUUCCUCGGCUACUACAAGAGCAUCUCCAUUGUCGACUACGCUGGUGCCGAUGCCCCUACCUCCAAGAGCGUCAAGGACUACAUUUACAGCGACAAGACUGGCUCCUGGCAGAGCAUCAAGGUCGAGCUCGGUGACGGCAGCGACGACAGCAGCAGCGACAGCACCUCGUCGUCUGCCCCUGCUUCCACCAAGACCUCUGCUGCCCACACCAGCGCCAAGGCUUCUUCCACCGAUGCUCCCAGCUCCACCGAUGCCCCCAGCUCCACUGAUGCUCCCAGCUCUACUGCUGCCCAGGCCACCACUUUGGUUUCCUCGACUCCCACCACUAGCAAGCCCACCUCUGGCGGCGCUGCUGGCAACGGCACUGGCUCUGCUCAGCCUACCGGAUCUUCCAAGCCCUCUGCUCCCCCUAUUCCCCACAGCGCUGGCGCCCGCAGCCUUGCUGCUCUCGGCAGCGUCUUCGCCAUUGGCGCUGGUGUUGCCUUUGCUCUCCUGUAAACGGGAUUUCCAACCCAACGAAAUCUACCCCCUUUCUUUGAUUCGCUUUGUGUACUUAUUGUUGCGGGCAUGAAAAGCAUGUAGAUGGGGCGGAAACGUUUGCGUUCGGAGAGAAAGAGCAGACCAAGCUAAUACUAUACAAAUUCGAGUUACACACACAACACCGCUGUUUGUUUCACUGUACAUCUGACAACGGACACGAACAUGUGGCAAGUGCUUGCUGUUCUCGACCGAGUAUCACAAAAAUUUCCCCAUUAUUUUCCCUCUUUUUUAUUUUCCCUGCAAAUUAUUCUGGAACGAAACGCUUAUAAUGAUCUAUUUUUAAUGGGGAGGUCUGCUCUUCUUUCGACCGAGCUGAUUUCUGGUAACGACGUUUGCUUGGAUUGAUGAAGAGAACAGGAUCGAUGAUAUAUUUGUUUUGGUGCUUUUUUACUUGCUUUUGAUUUCGCCUGAUACCUAUCCUUGAAGUUUGUUGGCUUGCCUUGUUUUUUUGGAGCAAAAUUUUUUUUUCGGCGCAUGCCCUUUCGAGGUAUUGCAGUAGCCAGUAUGUAGAAUGAAGAUAAAAAACAUUUUAUAAAUCUUGAGCCUGCCCAACUGUAAUGUCUAUUUGUGAUUGCUUGUUCCUCGUGUGUUCUGCUUGUCCCUGCUCGUGUGCUGUCAACACACCCUGGAUGCUAGCUAACUGUUACUGUAUCGUAUCUGCGUGAUUAUACGCACAAGGAACAAGGUGCUUGUUAGCAGUCCCUGCCUUAUCUACGGCCAAUUUAUCAUAUCUUUGCAAAUACGUGUGAAUACGGGGAACGGCAGCAGUUCAUUACGCACAACCGCGGAACUACUGUGAUUGAGGUCAAGUGUCGACUAGUCGGUGCUAGCCCGGCCAGCAUCCUCCCCCGCGCAUUAAUUAAAACGAACGGGCCAGGAUUUAGGCCCGAAGCGGACGAUGCGAUGCAGGGGUCCGGGGAGGAGAAGCUGUUCAAUUUCAUUUCCUUUUGGUGCCUGCCAAGAUUGGGAAGCGCCUUUGGCGGGUUUUGGUUUUUGGUCCCCUGCUUUUUGGGAUGUUCCCUUUUGGGAUGGUUCGUUGGGUGCUGCAGUGUAGGUGUGGUUAGUAUCCAAGUACAUGUAUCCAUCCGAUACGAGAAUUGGGAGAUGAGGAAUAUUGGUCUUGUUCAUACAAAGAGACAAGAAGAGGGAAACAGAAUAAAGAGUAAAGCAAGUAGAAGAGAGGCUGUGCUGGGCGAAUGACUU